AUGCGUCACAACUCGACGUGUACGCCUGGGAAACAGGCCCAAGCGAACUCGUAUUGUCCGCGCGGCCUCUCUGUUUCCCACCGGCCGCGAAAAGCCUCCACCACACGGUUGACGCUGGGAUGGUGGAUUGCUCUGGUUUGUUUGCUCUGGACGGCGCCAGCAGCAGCGGUGCUGCUAGAAUUUGACAACUGCCUGAGCAAAUCGAUCCUCGACUCCAACCCUGCGUCUCUCCAAUACGUGCCUCUCGAUGUCGCCGUUAGAUACAACCUGAGCGACCCUUUACAUCCGUUGAAUGUAACAGUUUAUGGGAAUGUGACCGGCACGGCCGACCAAACAUCGGACUAUCCCUCAUGGAACUCCUCGUCAUGGAGUAAUCCGAACGACACCCUCGGCAAGAUCGUGGAUUUAAGCGCUUCAAACAACAAGUACAGCACGCUACUAACCUCGUUGGACGUGCUGAGCUUUUCGGCUUUUUCUAAUGCCUCGCGAUUUUGCGAGUCUGUCACCCAGGGCGAGUGCCCGCUGGGCCCAGUCUUCAACUACAAUUUGACUGAUUUGAGCACCUUGCGCGCCUUCUCUGUCCAGCAUGACAUGCUUUCGACAUAUCGCUUUUCUACCAUCACCCCGACGCUAGUCAUCCGAUCUGGCGACGCCGAUGCUGCUGAGAUAGGUUGCAUAACGAUACCGAUCACACCGGACUUUGGCGCAACCCUCAGAAAUGCCUUGACUUUUGUGCCACUGGUUAUCUUGAUUUUGGUUGGAGUCGCAACGGUGACUGCUGCUAUGUAUAGUCCUUGGGGAACCACAGAUCCCUUCCGGUGGACGAGCAACUACGGGCGCGACGAGGAUGUUCUUCGACUGGUGACCCCCGGAUUUGCGGAUUGCCUGCAGUAUUUGCAGUACGUCGUGCUGACAGGGGCUCUGUCCUUGGACUACCCUGGGUACUUCCAACCAGCCGUGAGCCAGGGUUCUUGGUCUGUCCUCAUGUUCAAUCAGAGCUUUGUCCAUCCCGGUGCAGGGUAUAAUCCAGUCGUGGAUGGUGUCUAUGCGGUCAACGCGACCUACGGACUCGAGCGCAUGAAUCAAUUGGUGGGAAUGGCCACCGCGCGCGACAUUUGGCCGGGCAUGAUGGUCUGGCUACUUGUUAUUUUGAUCUGCAUCACGGUCCUAACCCAGAUUGGAUUUGGGAUACGCUGGCUCCUACGCGAGCUGGCGCAUAGUACAGAACAGGAUCUGCGCUCGAAGAACAUGCCUUUCACCGUUGGCAACAUCAUUCGCGUUGUGUUUAACUACCUGCUUCUCCCAAUUAUCUCGCUCUCUUUCUUCCAGUUGGUCAUUGCUAGUGGGUCUCCAGCUUACAGCGUUGCUUUGGCGGCACUCGUCAUCGUGAUCUUAAUAUGCUUCUCCAUCUGGAUGGUUCGUAUCAUUGCAUCGACUCGUCCCAAGUCUCAUCUCUUCGACGACUUACCAACAGUGCUCUUAUAUGGGCCGUUAUACAACACCUACUGCGACGAUGCAGCGGCAUUCGCCAUGGUUCCGAUCCUCCUAAACUUUGCCCGUGGCGUGGCCAUCGGAGCUUUACAGCCUUCUGGAAUUGCUCAGGUUGUCUUGUUGGCAGUUUGUGAGGUUGUCUCCGUGCUCACUCUCGUAGCAUUCCGCCCAUUUCCCACACCAACGCACAUGAACCUUUAUCAUGGCGUGUUCUCCAUCAUCCGAUUCCUGACCAUCAUUCUGAGUAUUGUGUUUGUUCCAUCUCUCGCGGUCUCGACCGCCACCCGUGGAUGGGUUGGUUAUGUGAUUCUCGUGCUGCAUGCCUUGGUCUUAAUCUUUGGAUUCUUCCUAAACGCUCUCCAAACAUUGAUUGAAGUUUUGGCGAGACUCGCUGGUGCCGGUGGUGCCACUCGUGGUGGCUUGGUCAAGGUUCUUGGCAUGCGGCAGCUGUCAAGACGGGCUCCGAAUCGCGAUAUUACCCGCCAGAGCCUUGGAUCAGAGGCAGCCAUGCUCGCACACGUUGACGAUCGUAUGUCAUCUCAGUUUGACGGGUCCCGUCCGCGCAGUCUAUCGGGCAGCUCUGCCUUGCUGCUGAACCGUGCUACGGCUAGCGAAGGGCGUGCCAGUGCAGUGCUGGAGUAUGCCAGCUCUCAAGGUGGAACACACAGCCGAGCAGCUAGUGGCGGACUAUAUACGCCGUCACCCACCGCGUAUACCGGAGCUGGCUUCCCUGGUGACUCACCGAAUAGCAGCACCUUCAUCGGUGCGCAUCCUCGGGAUCCGUACUAUAGACCGCCCCGACCAGGGCGUCGAGCGUCAUCCCAGCUGAAUUCCCCGAUCGAGCCUUCAUCUAAGGGGAAGAGAAGCUCAAGGAGUUUCAUGAAGUCUAGUCGGGCUAACACGAACGAGGACGUGGAAAGUGCACCGCCAAUGUCGGGUCGAGGUACGCCGACGCCGGCUUAUUUGCCUGCUCCCAAGGAUGAUCUUGAAUUGGAGGAUCCUCGGAAGCGCAAGGACUACGCCGUACGCGAGGUGGACUUCUAUUAUCGUGUGCGUGGUCCUCCACUCUCGCAUACCGGCACUCGCAAGCUGAAAACGGGUCCCGCAGACCCCACAGGUCCUGUUUCUUCUGCCACAGGCUGGUUCCGCAAUAUGUUCCAAGGCAAAACCAAGGAUAAAGGAAAGGGAUUCGAGGUCGUCCGAAGUGCUCGGGCACCACCUCCCGGUCUUUUCCCGGAGGGCGACUACAACGAGGAGCCAUAUCACGACGAUCCCGAAGAUGCAGCGGCUGGUGGCCACUCUCGUCAGAAUUCCAGCGGAGAGGAGCCAUACAGAUACUCCGAAGAGGACGUGGAAGGCCCACGGUCCAGCGACGCCCGUGCCCCUGUUCUACCCCAAGUGAACUCGGUCGGAAGCAUCGAGCUCCCCAGCCGAGUUGGGUCGCGCCGCACUCAAGCACAAGAGGGCUCAGAAGAGCUCGCCGCACCCCUUCCAAUCGUCACCGAAACAACCUCUCCCCAAGCAAAGUCCGGCUCUGAUCCUAUCUCCCCAGACGAAGACCACCUCCGACCUUCCUCCCCCGCCACAGCCCGCCUCCCAUUCAGUGGCAGCAGCUCAACAUCCCGCGAACGAGGCCAAUCCCUCGCCUCAACAUCUGGCUCCCAGAGUUCUUCACACCGAGUUGGCCGCGAGACUCGAACAGACCACCCAGAUCGCCCUUCAAGCAUGGGCUAUGUCCCAUCCCAUCGGACACAAGACAAGAUCAUCCACGGCAGUCGAGAAUCCUCUUGGAUCGGCAGUGCCGCCGAACUAGUCGACGAUGCAGAGCACGGGAACGGGCACGAGCACGAGAUUGGACAGGGGAACACAGAGCAACCCGACUCCUAA